GCUACACCGGCGAUCGUCUGGUAGGCAAUGUCCAAAUGAAGAUUGUGGACGAGAAAACUAAUACGGUAAUCACGUCCAAAAACCGCGCUGGAAAAUUGCUUUUUAAAGGUGGGACGGUCUUGCGUCAUUACAAGGGCGUUGAUUCGUCCACCAGUGGAGCCUUUACAGAAGACGGGUGGUUCGACUCCAGUGAUAUGGGAUAUGUCGAUGAAUCUGGCGGUCUGGUCGUCAUUGGGAGGACUUCAGAUUUCAUCACGUCUGGCUCUGCUGUGGUCCACCCCCAGUGACUGGAGGAGUGGAUCAUGAAGUGCCCGGGGGUCGCCU